AUGACUUACUACCUAAGCGUAGUACUCGCCUUAGUUAUGGGAAAGGUUCACGGUUCGCUCGCUCGUGCCGGCAAGGUCCGCGGUCAGACUCCCAAGGUCGCCAAGCAGGACAAGAAGAAGGUGCCCAAGGGUCGCGCUGGCAAGCGCAUUAAGUACAACCGCCGUUUCGUGAACGUCGUCGUCGGCCUGGCGCGUCUCCGGCCCAUUCGGACUCGUCAAUUCACCACCAUGGCGAGCUGGGUGAGCGCCGCGCUGCGGAGCGCGGCGGGAAGCGUAGUAGGGAACAUCAAGACGGUUUAUUCAGGUAGCAUUAUUAGUGUCGCGAAGCGAAGCGAAGGGCUUGCCACGCCCGGGUCGACGCGGCCUCUCGGCGUCUCACUCUUCUCCACGGCUGCCGUGGUUGGAGACGGCGCCGGCGACCGGCCGCGGGACUCCGCGCGGGCUCCGAAACGGCGGGCCGGCUCGAACAAGCAAGGGCCCGUCGACUUCAAGCCCGACCUCGUGAAGCGUUACCUCGGUCCCGAGCUGUUGAGCGCGGGCGAGGCGAACAGGCUGACCUUACGCAAGGUGAGGGAGGCGUUCGCAUCGCACGCGCACGACUGCGGCGGAUCCGCGGUGCAGAUCGCCGCGCUCACGGAGAAGAUCAGGUACAUGACGGAGCAUCUGAGGACGCACCACAAGGACAAGGCUUCCAUGCGGGGCCUCGUCGCCAUGUUGGAGCGAAGGAAGAAGCUGCUGAGGUACCUGCGAAAGUCCGACGGCGACGCGUACGGCGAGGUCAUCUAUCGGCUGGGACUCAAGGACCGGUCGUUUGUGGAGGACAAGUACAAGACGUCGAAGAAGUGAGGGUUUGAAACCCUCGCGUCCUCGGCGUCAACGCGAAACAAAUCAGGAAAAAAGCAAAACUGCGACCCGCUUCGGUGGUGAGCAUCGUGUACCUAGCUCCGGCACAGCUGGCGGUUGUUUUAAUGGAACCAUCAGACGCCUGGAGUCACGA